AUGCCGCAACGACGACCCCCUCAUGUCGUUUGCUACAUUUGUGGACGAUUAUACGGAACCACGUCAAUUUCACUGCACAUUCCAAAGUGCCUGGAAAAAUGGGAGAUGGAAAAUGCACAAUUACCGCGGCAUUUACGCCGUAAACCGCCACAGAGACCCGCAGGAUGGGGAAACACACCAUUAUCCAGUGACCCGCGGGAAAGGGCAGCUCAGUUGGAUUCCAUGAAUGAUAUAGCAUUCCAAGCUUCUCAAAGUCAGCUUGUUCCUUGCGAGAAUUGUGGCCGCACAUUUAAUCCUGAUCGGCUGCCAGUGCAUCAGCGAAGUUGCAAGCCAGGCAAACCUCUCAAGCCUUCUAAGAGCUUUGAUCCUUCCAGGCUAGGAUCAGGGCGACAGGGGUCUUCCCCCUCGGGGGAUUAUGGCCGGAGGAGCCCUCAACCACCUAGGAAACCUAAGACCGUUGUUUGCUUCAUAUGCGGAAGAGAAUUCGGCACAAAAUCCAUAAGCAUUCAUGAGCCACAGUGCAUGAAGAAAUGGGAACUUGAGAACAGUAGGCUGCCAAAGCACUUGCGGCGACCACCGCCAGUCAAGCCCAACAUUUUACCAAGUUUAUCAGGCCACAAUGGAAGUGAUUUGGAGCGUAUGAACCAGCUGGCAUUUGAGUCAUCACAGAAGCAGUUGGUGCCAUGUAGAAAUUGUGGUAGAACUUUUCUGCCAGACAGGCUGGAAAUUCAUAUGAGGUCAUGUAAACCUGGAAGCAAAACAAUGCCUCUGAGACACUCAGCAGGUGGGUUAAGGGAAUGUCCCAAUUUCCUUUCUAUUUUAAAUUUGGAAAAAGUUCUGAAGAGAAAAGCCAGUGGUCCUCACAGGUUAAACAUUUGUUCAUCAAUAAAAUAAUGUUGCAGCAUUCGUGUAACAAUUUUGAAGUAAUAUUUAUAUCAAACACACAAGUGAUAUCCCUUGAUCUCUCUUCAUGAAUUAUUAACGAGUUUGAGAACAGUGUAUAAUGUACAUUUUCCUAAGUCAAAUGCAUGUGAUUUUCAAACACAUAUUUACCAAAUUUCCAAAAAAAUCUAACUACUUCUGAAAAGUUUCAAAGAGGUUUCAAUGACUUUCAAACACUACAGAAGAUUCCCAAAGAUCUCCAGCAAUGGUUUUUGAGGGUUGCAAAGCUCCCAAUCUUCGCACCAUCUUGCAAACCAUAUCUUGGCAAGACUACCAAGGCAAGGUAUCAUGACGCCUUAGAUUAUUACUUAGGAUUCAAAUGUGACAUUUAGUGCCAUUCACUGGACUGUUGUAACUAAAUUUUAAUUCAAUUUUUAGCAUUAAUAGUCAUUGAAUAAGCAAAACUCACAAUUAUUGUGAGUUUUGCAUGUGAAAUUGUCCAGCUGUAUGCGUGAGUUUGACCUUUUCGAUCCAUGUGUUUACUUGUUGAAAUAAUGAGGAAGGAAGGAAGCCAGGAAGGGGGCGGGGCAUUGGGGGACAGAAAAAGUCAGUUGAACAUACCGUAAAAUUCCGAAAAUAAGCCCCUCCAAAUAUAAGCCCCCCAAACCGGUAACACAAAAAAACCCUCCAUUAAAUCGCCCCUCCAAAUAUAAGCCCCCAGGGCCUUGUACUUGGAAAAUUGCCCUCAAAUACAAAGUAAAACAAAGCAACAACGGUAAAUUUACUUCCAACUAUAAGGCUAGCCCAAUCAAUUUUGAAACGCAAAUUUCUGUCCGUAGAUAAGCCCCUCCAAAUAUAAGCCCCUCAAAAAGGGCCUUUGAAAAAUAUAAGCCCCAGGGCUUAUUUUCGGAAUUUUACGGUAGUUCAUGAUAGUUUUUUUUUCUCAUUCCUUCUUUGGGAAAAGAGCAAUUUACAGUAUUUAAUAUUACCCCUUUAGGCAGAAGACUGACCCCACUUAGCACCCCUGGUGGAAUGAGUGCUACACAAGGAGGCCAGCAUUUUCGUCAGAGCCCUUUGGGCCAAUAUGAAGACUACAAUCACAACACAGGGCCACUAGAAAAGGACAAAACCUUCAUAAAAAACAAGUCAUCCCCAAGCAGCGGCAAGAAAUCUACUCCUCCUGCAGCUUCUGCAAAUCGUCCAUCCAGGUUAAAGCCGAUGUCCAAUGCACGCACACCAUCUCCUUCAUAUAAUACUAGGCACAGUUCUUCAGCUUUGUACAGCCAGCCAACAGAACAGUCUACAGAGCAGGUCAGUCUUGUUCCUUGUCAUAAUUGUGGCAGAUCCUUCGCAGCAGAUCGCUUGGCAAAACACCAAUCAAUUUGUAAUAAGAGUGGAAAACAACGGAAGGUGUUUGAUUCCACCAAAAUGAGAACACAAGGAACUGAUGCGGCAAAGUACAACAGACCUGGAGCAAGGAAGGCCCCGGAUCCUCCCAAACCCAAAUCAAACUGGAGGCAAAAGCAUGGUAAGAACUGCCUUUAUCUUCCAGCUUUUACUUUUGAUGGCAGCCUUUUAGUUAAAUGCAUCUUGAUCUUUGUAGUCUGGAGGUUUGGGCUGAAGCUUUAAACCUUUAAGUGCUAAAAGCCCCAUUAUCUGCAUACAAAUUCUCCAGACUGAUCUUGCUCACAGAAUAUUAUUCAUGUACUGGACUUAGGAGGUAUAACAUUACCAUGUUCUUUCAUUAUUAUUAGUACUUCAGUGUAACAGUGCUUAUACUACUACGUGAGAAAUUUCUGCAAUUUGAUUGGCUUAGAGCAGUGGUAUUUCAGCUUAUUUUGAAAUACCUACAUGUGAAAAUUACAAAACCUUUAUGGGUGGUGGUAUAACCUAUACAAAUACUGUUACUGGGGCCACUUAGAAAAAGUUGACCAAUCAGGUAAUAGGAAAAUAUCAAUACAUUCCAAAAAAGUUGGUUGUAAGCCAAUCAGCAGCUUGUAAGAAAACAAUAAGUUACUUGAAGCACAACAUUUUCAAGAAAGCAAAACGUUUCACCAGUAUUCGAAACUUUACAUACAACACCCCGGAGACAUAUAUUAAAAAUAACUGAAAAAUAACAGCUCAUGUCAAACAAAUUUUGUUUGACACGAGCUGUUAUUUUUUUGUCUACCAGCAGGUUCUUUACUACAAUGUUAUGUACAAUUGCUGCGCUUUGCAAAAACGUGCGACUCCAAUUCAAAAAAUUUAUAACUAACAUUUUCUUAAGUGGGUUGAAAAGGUCACAUCUGUAGGUUGUAAUUGCUUGAUUAUAAUUCUUGUUGUUUAUUUUGCUUCAUGGUAAUUAUGAUCAUGACCAACUUUCUCGAAAUGUUUUGUUAUUUUUCUCUUAACCGAUUGGUCAACUUUGUCAAGGUAGCUCCAGUUAUAGUAUUCACACUAUAACAAUUUGCAAUGUUGGUCAUACUCCACAGCGGAAUUCAUAAAUGCCAUCAGAGAUGCUAAAAGAGUAACAGAGCACAUGAAGAAGGGUGGAAAAGCAUCUGAUUUACCUCCCCCUGUCCCAAGUGAGAAUCCAGACUAUGUGUUCUGCAGAUUCUGUACACGCCGCUUUGCACCUGAUGUGGCAGAGAGACACAUUCCUAAAUGUCAAAACACACUAAAUAGACCAGCACCUCCAAAACAGAGGGCAUUAGCAUUGCAUGCAAGUGGUGGUCGCUACAAUGCCAGGAAAACUUUUUCAAGCAGUCGAAAUCGCCGCUAGGUCAUGUGCUAUCACAAGGUGUAAAAUUGCCAGUCCCUUUGCAUGCCUUUUCUGAUGUUGGCACUUACUCUUCCUGCCUCACUAUUGACACAAAAAUCAGCAUUAGUUAAUGAUCAUUAAACAUGAGAUGAGAUCUAUUCUUAAGUCUCACAACUUAUCAGUCAAAACGUGUGGAUGAUGAGUUUCAGAGAUGGUGAUGGUCUCAUCAAUGCCAAUCACUCUGCCAUAGAGGGUGUUUACCGUUGCCACACCCAACUUUAUCUUUGUGUUCAUGGUGCUUUGUAAAUACGUUUUGGGCAUAAUUGUCAAAAAAUGCUUUCAAAUGCCACUGAAAAAACAUGUUAUAGAUAUAUAUAUCUCACAAGGGGCAGGUUACAGGCAGCCCAGGACCCUCUAAAGGCAUCCCUGUUAUUAGCAGAUGAUACUGAUUAUUAAUAAUAGUAAUACUGUAAUUAUCCUCUCGCCUUAUGGGGCUUUUGAGGGAUAAUGAAACAAAUAAUUUAAAUGAAACAUAACAUGGUUAAAAAUCCCAAUCAGUAGGAGGCAAACCAGUUGGCUAUUUACAAACGAGGCCGAGGAUUUGAACUAGGGACUGUCAAGAACAAAUCCAGCUAGCAGUCACAGCAGGACUUGAACUCAGGGCCUCCAAAUUACAAGUCCAGUGCCCUAACCGCUCGACUAUGCCGCCUCCUAUGAUUGAAGUUUAUAUAGGAGCAACACACAGUUAGUAGUCAGUCAAUGGUCAACAGUGUACAUAAUUUUUAAUGUAAUAUUUAUCUGUUUAUUUAUUUUAAUAUUAUUUAACCAUUAAACAU